AUUUUACAUUUUGGUUUUUGUACAGAACAGUAGAUUGGACCUUUCCUCAUCUUGUUAAUCUCUGCAAGCUUUAUUUUCCUUGGUGAAAGAAUCACUACCUUUGUUAAAAAAAAUGUAACCUUACGAAAUGACGGAAUCGUGUCUAAGAUUACGCAAAUAUUUUGCAGAAUGAAAAAAUAACAAACUGAUAAAAAUAUGAAGAAAUUUUUCAUUAAGUGGAAAAGUGAGUUUUAGUUAUUUUGACAAAAAUCAACCCUUUCACAUUUUCGUUUUUGUACAGAACAGUAGAUUAGACCUUUCCUCAUCUUGCUAGUCUCUGCAAGCUUUAUUUUCCUUGGUGAAAAAAUCACUACCUUUGAUCAAAAAAAAAUGGUAACCUUUACGGAAUGACGAAAUCGUGUCUAAGAUUACGCAAAUAUUUUACCAAUCAUAAAAAUAUUUUGGAAUGAAAAAAAUAACAAACGGAUAAAAAUAUGAAGAAAUUUUUCAUUAAGUGGAAAAGUGAGUAUUAGUUGAUUAUUGACAAAAAAUCAACCCUGCCAUAUUAUUAAAUUAUAUAAUAAUACCAUUUUAAAAUUUUAAAUAAAUAGCAAUAAAUUUUGUAGUGAUAAAUAGUUAUGUUGUUAGUAAAAAUAUACUAUAACUGUGUUAUAAUAUUUUAAAAUGUCAAUCUAUUAUUAAAAAAUUAUUGAAAACACACAAAGUAAAGUAUUUUAAAUAGAUUUUAGUUACUUUUAAAUUUUGUAGUAAUUAUUUUAGUUAUUGAUAGUUUUUUUCAUUUAAUAAAGUAUUUUAAUCAAUUUAGUAUGUAUUACGCCAUUCCGAAAAUAUUAAAUUUUUCUACAGUUUAAUUAAUUUUUUUCAUAACUUAAUUAUUUUUUCCACGAUUCCGCAACUAUGCGAUGUUUAACAAUGGGAGAACUCAAGUACAAAAUUAUUUGCACUUAUUCGGAAACACUCAUAUAAAACGUAAUCUUACACGAACCUAGAAUCAUAAAGUGGUAAAUGUAAUAUCUCCAUGCACUGUAGAAGUGAAGCUUUUUGAAUAAUGGGUCCUUGGUCGAAAAUAGAAAUAUUAAUCUUUUGAUAUGAAUUUUGGUUUCUCAUUCCUUUCCAAUAAAAAUUUGAAUUGUUUUUUUUAAUGAGUCUUUGUGAUGAAGAAGGAUAUCUAUUUAUAGAAAAAGAUAGGGCCUCAUUCUUUAUUAGAUUUGCACUGGAUUCAAUCUCAAUUAUUCAUCAAAGUAGAGAUGAAGGCAUUGGUGAGAAGUGUGAGGGCAAGUAUAUAACAAUUAACAAUGACUCUUUAGCAUGGCAUGUGUGACACAUUAAUCCAUAAAAGAAUUACUUAGUACUUAAGUAUAUAGGUCUCUAAGCUAUUUAUAGAUUUCUUUCCAAGCCGUUACUUUAAGCAUGAUCACAUGACUUUUUAGCACUUGUUCUCUUAAGCUAAUCACGAUUUUAUCUUCUAAAUUAAUUAUGAAUUAAACUCUUUAGUAGCCAGAUCAAAUGGCUAUCAAAUGUUAUAUAAACAAAACAUCUUAAUAAUACUAAAAUACUAUUCUUAAUAAAAAUACUAAACCCGGUUGAACUCAAGUGGACCACAUUAAACCAUAAUCCAAGAGUUUAUCCGGUUUAGUUGCCGGUCCGGUUUUAAGAACAUUGCUGAAUACAUAUCAUCACUUAACUAUAAGUCCACCUACUUAAGAUUGAUUGGAUAUGUAUUUUGUUGAAAUAUCAAUCAAAAGUUCAGAAAGAUAAUGUAUAGUAAAAAUAUUUAAUUCUGAUUAAUAUGAGAUUUUUUUCUCUCUUGUUUCUAGCAACUUAGGUUGGUUAUCGUGUGAUCUGUUGAUGUCUUAAUGCUAUGGGGAAAAAAUUAAAUUUUAGAUCAGAUCUUUAUAUUUGUAGGUUCAAUUGACUACCGGUGGGUGUAAUGUUUUCCCACUUUCGUGGACUGAUCAUGGUUUAUUUGGGCUUCCUUAUUUGAGUGUGUAACUGCAGUUUAGUUUUACAUUCGGUCUAUAAGAAAUGUAUCUUCUACAUUUUAUAUAAAGCAACUUAACAAAUACGAAUUUCUUUUGUAUAUGUAUGCCUUUUUUCUUCUGUAUAAUUAUUAUUUUUAGUUAUACGAAUUAUAAUAAGUAGUUUAGUUUCAAUAGAACUAUUUUGGCUACUUUCCUAUAGAGACAAUAGUUCAUCGAUGAUAGAUAUAUAUACGCUUCUAUGUUAUCCAAUACAUCACACACUUUCAUAUUCAUGAGUAUACAUUUUUCAAAAGUAAACGUAAAACAUUGCAGAAUCAGGAAGCCAAAUAACUUUCGCUACGUGAAAAUCCGACUCCGUGACCUUUUUGAUGCCACGAACGGUCGAUGAAGAGGCAAUUUUGAGUUUUAAGUAAAAAGUAAUAUUCUAUAAGCAAGAAAAUUGGGGGUGUGUGAACUUAUCAGCGGUUGUCGCCAACCUCGUAUAUAAGCGUAUACGCAUUAUAUAUUAUAAAGUUUUAUGUAGUAGUUAAUUCUCAAAAAGGCUAUUCUUGUUGUAAACAACGAUCAAUUCCUAACCAUAGGUCCGCAUAGAAUGCCUUCCGUCUACACGGUUUAACAAUAGUUAUUUCAGAAAUAUGGUUUAAUAAACUGAAUGCCAGGGGAUGAGUAUCUAGUGGUUGUAUUAAAUGGAGAAGAUCCCAAAAUUUUAAAUAUUUGCGUUUUCCAAGCAUUUCAAAGCUCCGUAUAUUAAAACAACCCAUGGUCAAGUACAUCUGUACAUGUAAGAAAAUAAAAACUCGUUAUUAUAGUGGAACAGCUGUUUUUUAGAUAAUAAAAGAAUAAAUUACAGUAAAACAGAAGCAUCCAGUAAAAUGGAAUAGAGUCACUUAUAAAUGGCCGUUUCAGAAGGCUUGCACUAUGUCCGUGUACAUCAGUAGCUUCAACGCUCAUUUCACUUCCCCCCUCUCUCUCUCCCUCUCUCUCUAUUUUCUCCAGAAAUAAAGAUCCUCUCUGUCUCUACACUCCUUUGACAUUUACUUUAAACACUAGAUCAGAUCAGAUCCCACGCGCGUAUAUAGAAGGUUCGUGUAUAUUCAAUGAAACUACAGAGCUGAAGACGAAUGGCAAGUGAUCAGUUACAAGUGUUGAAUGCACUUGAUGUAGCAAAGACGCAAUGGUACCAUUUUACAGCGAUUAUAAUUGCCGGAAUGGGAUUCUUCACUGACGCUUACGAUCUCUUUUGCAUCUCUCUUGUCACCAAGCUCCUCGGCCGCAUUUACUACCACGUGGAAGGCUCUCCGAAGCCUGGCACUCUCCCUCCUAACGUUGCUGCUGCCGUUAACGGCGUUGCCUUCUGUGGGACCAUCGUAGGUCAGCUAUUUUUCGGGUGGCUUGGUGAUAAGCUCGGGAGGAAGAAAGUUUAUGGUAUGACGUUGAUGGUCAUGGUCACUUGCUCUGUAGCUUCCGGUCUCUCUUUCGGGCACGAGCCAAAAGCCGUGAUGUCCACGCUAUGUUUUUUUAGGUUUUGGCUUGGGUUUGGGAUCGGUGGUGACUAUCCUUUAUCCGCAACGAUCAUGUCUGAAUACGCUAACAAGAAGACUCGUGGAGCGUUUAUUGCUGCGGUUUUCGCCAUGCAAGGGUUUGGAAUCAUGGCUGGUGGCAUCUUUGCUAUAAUUAUUUCAUCUGUUUUUGAAGCUAAGUUCCCUGCUCCGGCCUAUGCGGAUGAUGCCUUGGGAUCCACGGUAUCUCAAGCAGAUUUUGUAUGGCGUAUAGUCUUGAUGGUUGGUGCUAUCCCUGCCGCAAUGACGUAUUACUCACGUUCCAAGAUGCCGGAAACCGCGAGAUACACAGCGUUGGUUGCUAAAGACGUAAAGCAAGCUGCUUCAGACAUGUCUAGGGUUCUGCAAGUGCAGAUAGAGACAGAACAGCAGGAAGUGGAGAGCAAAGAGUUUUCCUUGUUUUCCAAGGAAUUCAUGAGGCGCCACGGGCUUCAUUUGCUCGGCACUACAUCAACCUGGUUCCUCCUCGACAUUGCUUUCUUCAGUCAGAACCUCUUUCAGAAGGAUAUUUACAGCGCAAUCGGGUGGAUUCCUCCGGCUCAAACCAUGAACGCGAUUCAAGAAGUGUUCAAGAUCGCAUGUGCACAAACCAUCAUAGCCUUGUGUAGCGCGGUGCCUGGUUACUGGUUCACAGUUGCGUUCAUCGACGUUAUUGGAAGAUUCACGAUUCAGAUAAUGGGAUUCUUCUUCAUGAUGGUCUUUAUGUUUGCUCUGGCUAUACCCUACAACCACUGGACUCACAAGGAGAACCGGAUCGGUUUUGUUAUCAUGUACUCGUUAACAUUCUUUUUCGCCAACUUUGGACCCAAUGCUACAACCUUUAUCGUACCGGCCGAAAUCUUCCCGGCCCGGUUUAGAUCCACAUGCCAUGGUAUCUCUGCAGCAUCAGGAAAAGUAGGUGCAAUAGUUGGUGCUUUUGGGUUCUUGUACUUGUCCCAAAGUCCUGACAAGGACAAGACAGAUGCAGGAUACCCUCCAGGGAUUGGGGUCAGGAACUCACUUAUCGUGUUAGGUGUGGUUAACUUCUUGGGUUUUCUCUUCACUUUCUUGGUGCCUGAAGCUAAGGGAAAGUCGCUUGAGGAAAUGUCCGGUGAAAAUGAAGACAACGACAACAAUAUUAGAACGGUCCCAAUAGUAUAGGUUAUAUAGUACACCUUUUGUUUUUUCUUCUUC